AUGCACACCGAGAUCCCCAGCCCGCCUCACUGGCUCAGCAGCCUGAGGUCCUUCUUGCGACUCCUCAUCAUCGUCCUCAGCGGCUCCGUCACCGGCAUGCUUGUCCACACCAUGCAGAUCUACCGCGGCAACAUCUCUCUCGACCUGCGCAAAGGAGAAUUGCCCAUGACCUGGCCUGCGAGGACCAAUCUCGCACCGACCCUCGUUCUCUUCUUCAUCGCCGCAGCCAACUUCAUCGCGUCCGUCGCCAUUCUUUCCCUUUCCUUCAAACGCUCCUUCCGCCGACCAAUUCGCUCGCGCGACGCCUAUCGCAUCAUUGCCGGAAGCUUUGGUGUCAUCCUCUGGGCAACCGCCCUCGUUGUUUUCACACUCCUCGACAAGGCCAGCAAAGCUAGCUUAGGUCAUUACGCGUGUAGCAACCGGAACAUCAUGAGCAAUGGCAGGUUCCAGUACCGCGCCGUGUGCUCCGAACAGGGCAUGGCAUUCUACCUCGCAGCAGGCGCAGCCUCCGCCGAAAUCGUCACUCUCCUUACUCUCGCAAUCAGCGCAAUACAAGCCCACAAAAACAAACCAAACCUCCCGAUAAUCAACUUCAACGAGAAAUUACCGAUAGGGCCAAAAGAAGAAUGCCCUUGA